AUGGAUAUCUCCCCUGAGGAGGAAGUUCCCCUCCCGGGGAAGUGGCCCGUUGACCCACAAGAUGAUGUUCCCAUUUCCAAAGAGCGUAUCUGGGUAGACGGAUGUUUCGAUUUCAGCCAUCACGGACAUGCUGGUGCGAUGCUUCAGGCCCGCAGGCUGGGGAAGGAACUAGUCGUAGGAGUUCAUUCGGACGAAGCGAUCCUCGAAAAUAAAGGCCCGACUGUUAUGACUCUGAAGGAACGGGUGGCCGCUGUUGAUGCCUGCCGUUGGGUUUCGAAGUCCGUUCCUUAUGCUCCAUACGUGACAUCGCUUCCAUGGGUGUCACAUUAUGGCUGCUACUACGUUGUCCAUGGGGAUGACAUCACCUCGGACAGCAAUGGAAAUGACUGUUAUCGAUUCGUUAAAGCUGCAGGCCGUUUCCUGGUGGUGAAGAGAACUCCCGGGAUAUCUACGACAGAUCUUGUUGGCCGCAUGCUUUUAUGUACGAAGGGACACUUCAUCAAGUCGUUAAAAGACACUUUGGCCGGUAUAGAAGGAUCUGGCAGUCCAGAAGAGCGAAAAGAGUUUGGUGCAGAUCUUCUGCAGAGAAUUCGGGACUACGCAACAGAUGAAACUGGCCUCAAGCCGGGCCCUGAGGUGUGGACGUGGAGCGGUACAGACUCAGCAAAAAUUGGUCAAACGAUUGAGGAAGCCGGGAUCUUUGAAAAUCUCGUCCCAGGUAAACCACCGAGACCAGGUCAGCGCAUCGUGUAUGUGGAUGGUGGGUUUGACCUUUUCUCGUCUGGCCAUAUCGAAUUUCUUCGACGCGUGCUGUCGAAAGAAGAGGAAGAAGGUCGCCAACGUGGGUGGUAUGAACCCGCGGAAAGAGAAAAAAGGUGCUCAGAGUAUGGGGAGGAUUUCGGACCUGCAUACAUUGUCGCCGGUAUCCAUGACGAUAAUGUUAUCAAUCACUGGAAAGGUCUCAAUUACCCCAUCAUGAACAUCUUCGAAAGAGGUCUUUGUGUUCUUCAAUGCAGAUACAUUCAUGCGAUUAUCUUCUCAGCCCCCUUCACACCAAACCAGUCUUUUCUGCAAUCCAUGCCCUGGGGGGUCCCGAGCGCAGUGUACCAUGGUCCCACGACGUUUAUUCCACUCACCUAUGAUCCGUAUAUCGCACCAAAGAAAAUGGGUAUCUUUAGGCAGAUCGAAAGCCACCCUUUUCAGAAUGUGAAUGCUGGUGAGAUCGUCCAGAGAAUCUUAAAGAGCCGUGAUGCAUACGAAGAGAGGCAGCGUGCGAAAUUAAGGAAGGCUAUUGUGGAGGAGGCAGCUAAGCAGAAAGAGGCAUUGGAGGCUCAAUCUAACAUUGAUGGCAACUCGAAUGGACAAGAGCAGGCUUAA